AUGACUUCAAACUUAAAGUCCAAGUCUUCAGAAACUCUGAAGCAGAAGAGCCUCAUGUCUUUUUUUGGGAAACAUUCGAAUAACUCAUCAAGUUCUUCCACUAAGCCAGCGCGGAAAACGUCAGCUACAGAUAUAGAAAAGACAGAUGUGUCGAAGAAAGAGGUUCCUGAGCAGGCCGUUAGCGUUACUCCUCAGACGCCAGCCUCUCAUGUACUGGAUUCUACUCUUUCAGCCCCCAACACAUCUUCCUCCCCAGCCAGCACCUUGAAAGAUACCCCCCCUACUAGCGAUGCUAUAGAUAUAGAUAUGUUAUCUGACCCUGAGGAGCCAAUUGCAAAGCAACGCAUAAACAAGCGCAAAGUCAUUUUAGACUCAGACUCAGAUGUCCUCGCCUCUGCACGCUCUACCACCUCCAGAAGAUCCUCUCUUCCGGCGAGUUCAGAUUCAUCGCCCGUUUUGAGACUAGGGUACGGCAGCAAAAGAGCAAGAAUGUCUAGCCCUCUUUCGGACGAAGAAGAGGAUGACCGGAGUUUAGGCACCUUCAAUCAGAGAUUGACACGGUUCAAGCAAUCCUCGAACAAGCGGAGCCGUGCAUCAUCCAGGGCAUCGACAGAUGAUGAAGAUUACGUUAUUCACUCGGAUUCCGAGUCUGGCAGCAAGCAUCUCACCUCGUCUUCAAGGGCCUCCUCUUGUUCUCGACGUUCACUUCUGACCGAAACUGACGAUGAAAGGGCGGCACAACCGGUCAGGAAGAACACCAAAGUUAGAACGAGAUCUGGCUUUGGAUCUUCAACGCACCAGAACACAUCCUACACAUCCUCCGUUUCGUUUUUGACCGCGGCAGAACGUCGUGAGCAAGCGAAAAAGGACGAAAAGAAAGCAGCUGAGAAUCCCUACUCAUUCCUACUUGACGUUAUGGAUAAAGAUGGUAGGCGCCCCGAAGAUCCGAAAUAUGACCCUCGUACUCUCUUUGUUCCACCCAAGGCCUGGAAGGAGUUCACUCCUUUCGAGAAACAGUUCUGGGAGAUCAAGCAAAAUCACUAUGACACGGUACAUCUAAAAGAAUUUCAUCUGUAUUCUCCGUCAUUAACCUCAAACAGGUCUUGUUCUUCCAAAAAGGAAAAUUCUUUGAGGCAAGCCCGCGAAUCUCCGCCGCCUUCUCCAGUGUCUGAAGUUUUGACAGCUUUACGAGGACGACGCAAGAGUUGGACAUCGGGAAUUCGAUCUAAAGCUCACAGACCGUGUCAAGAUGUGUAUGGUUGGAGUGCCCGAAAUGUCGUUCAAUUUUUGGGCUGCUAUUAUCUCACCAUUGGACCAGAAAAUUUCUUGGAAGAGGUGCUAAAAGACUCCAUCUAUUUGCACGGUUCACUAAUAAGAACAGGGUACAAGGUGGGACGCGUGGACCAGGCGGAAACUGCCCUUGGGGCGGAAAUGCGUAUGGCCAGUGACAAGAAGAGUGGGAAAUCCAAGCCAGCGGAGAAGGACAAGAUUGUUCGACGUGAGCUCCACAAGGUCUACACCAAUGGCACACUCGUCGAUGGGGAAAUGAUUACCGACGAUGAAGCAGGCCAUUGCAUAUCGAUUCGUGAAAUCGAGUCGGAAGAUGGAUUGUCUAACGUUUUUGGCGUUUGUGUCUUGGACUGCUCGACGUCUCAAUUUGACCUCAGCGGCUUCCAAGAUGACAUCUGUCGCACCAAACUCGAGACUCUCGUGAGGCAGAUACGACCCAAAGAGCUCAUUUUCACGAAGGGAAAUCUUUCUGUUUCUACCACUCGGCUCAUGAAGUCAAUUUUACCUGGAGCUUGUGCGUGGACCGGGUUGCGGGAAGUGGAAGGCUUGGAUUACGAGGCUACACUCCAGGAGUUGAAUAACCGCUUUCCGACCGAUGAAGAAACAAUGACAGAUAGCAUCUUGUCUAGCGGUGUCCCCGAACCUAUUAGAGCACUGGUGGAUUCCAAGUGUGCUAUCGAGGCUCUUGGUUGCAUGAUAUGGUAUCUCCAACAACUCAACAUCGACAAAGAUAUUCUGACAAUGAAGAACUUCAACAUUUAUGAUCCUAUGAAGAGAGGGGAAGGCCUAGUCCUUGAUGGGCAGACUUUGGCUCAUAUCGAGGUCUUAUUGAAUAACGAGGGUACAGAAGCAGGCUCGCUACUGAAGUUGCUGAGUCGGUGCAUCACACCAUUUGGCAAGAGAUUGUUUCGAGUCUGGUUAUGCAUGCCUCUGCACAAAAUUUCAGACAUUAAUUCGCGGUUGGAUUCUGUGGAGGAUCUCAUAAAUCAUCCCACCUUUGAAAACAUUUUUAUUGGUAUUGCCAGAGGAUUACCCGACCUGGAACGUAUAGUUUCUCGUAUACAUGCCAAAAAUUGCAAAGUCAAGGAUUUUCUCAACGUUUUGUCGGCUUUUGAUAAGCUCAGCAAAGGUUUGGGAAACUUCGCUGAGACCUCCGAGUCAUUCAAGUCUAAAACGAUUUUGGGUCUGCUAAGAGGUGCACCCGCUCUUUCUCCCUAUAUUAGGAAUAUCGAAUCGAUGUACGAAAAACCUUCGACGGAUAAGGACAUUAAUGAGUUGAUUCCGCGAGAAGGAAAGGACGAGCAGUACGAUGAAGUUAUGGCUGACAUACGUCGUUUGGAGAGUUCAUUGAAUAAGGAACUCAAACGGCUGGAAAAAUCUGUCGGGUGUUCCCUCAGUUGGUGGCACAGUGCAGUUGGAAACAAGGAAAUAUAUCUUGUCGAGACAUCUGCGAGCCAGAAGCAAGUGCCCAAAGAUUGGACCAAAAAUAGUGGCACCAAAACAAAGACCCGCUGGGUCGUUCCAUCGCUUCAGAAAGACAUACGAUCUCUGAAAGAAGCUCGCGAACGAAGGAAUUCGGCUAUCAAGCUCUUCAAGCAUCGCCUCUUCGCUGAAUUUGACGCAGAUAGGGCAGUCUGGUUACGGGCCGUCCGAGUAUUCGCCGAGUUGGAUUGCCUCUUUAGUUUGGCAAAGUCGUCAGUUGCCAUCGGAGAACCCUCGUGCAGACCGAUGUUUACGGAAGGGGAGUCCGCUUGGGUGGCUUUCAAGCAUCUUAGGCAUCCCAACAUUGCGUCCCUCAAGGAUUUCAUUCCUAACACCGUGAAUCUCGGCGGUGAGAAAGGAAAUAUUGUUCUGCUGACCGGCCCAAAUAUGGCUGGAAAAUCGACGGUAAUGAGAAUGACGGCGAUCGGUAUCAUAAUGGCCCAGUUAGGAAUAUUAUGUCCCGUGGACUCCAUCCUUACGCGUAUGGGCGCCUAUGACAAUAUGUUUUCUAAUUCUAGCACUUUCAAGGUCGAAUUAGACGAAUGCUGUAAGAUCCUUCGUGAAGCCACGCCCAAAUCACUCGUAAUUCUUGAUGAACUUGGCCGUGGAACCUCUACAUUCGACGGCAUGGCAAUUGCAGGCGCCGUCUUGCAUCAGCUCGCCACCUUUACACUUCCUCUCGCAUUCUUUGCUACUCAUUACGGCUCCCUAACAGACGACUUUGCCUAUCAUCCCAAUAUCCGCAAUAUGCACAUGGCGACCUCUGUUGACGAUGAAAGACGGGAGAUCGUUUUUCUCUACAAGCUGGUGGAAGGGGUAUCGAUGUCGUCCUUCGGCACACACGUUGCAAAUCUUGCUGGUGUUCCAUCGAAAGUCGUAGAUCGUGCGCAGCUUGUCUCGACGACAUUUGCCACACAGUUUCAGGAAAAGCAGCAAGCGAAACAACAACAAAAUGCAGGGACGAAAUUAUCCCUGGUUGCCCGAGCUGAUUUUGCUUAUCUGGUAAAGCUGGCAAUUGGAAAUGCCGAACUUCCAGACAAUCCUGUUCUGCAGAAACUCAUUUUAAGAAUGAUGAGAAAUGUUGUCACGGUGUACUCUUGA